CUGCUCCGGCCGAGGAUGCUCGGCGCCGGCGCCGCGAGGCUCGGCGCCCUCGGGCUCUUGGCGGCGCUGCUCCGCGCGCUAGCGGCCUGCGAGUUCGGGCCGCUGCCGUACCGCGCCACGGGCAUCGCCUGCCGCAUGACGAAGCCUGCGGCGCUGCUCAUGAACCAGGAAACGGCGCAGGUCAUUCAGGUGGCCUUCAGAAACGCCAGAUUCCCCAACAUCACUGGAGAAAGGGCCGUGCGCUUCCUCGGCAAGGUGGCCUAUGGGCUGACCAAUAUCCAGGUCAACAACUUGUCCAUUGAGCAGAGCGAGGUGGAGCUCAAGGAAAACGAUGCCAUYGACAUCGCCAUUAAGAACGUGAUGGCCAUCUUCAAAGGGACCCUGAACUACGGCUACGCGGGGGCCUGGUUCCUGCAGCUUUUCCAUUCCGUCGAUUUUGAAAUUGAGACCUCAAUCGAUCUGCAGCUAAACAUAAAGCUGAUGUGUCAGGAGGACCAAGUGGCUGCUGAUGCCUCGGACUGUUACCUGACCUUCCACAAACUGACACUUCAUCUCCAGGGAGAAAAGGAGCCGGGCUGGCUCAAGCAGCUCUUCACGGAUUUCAUCGCCUUUACGCUGAAGCUGGUUCUCAAGAGUGAGGUUUGCAAGGAAAUCAAUAUUCUUGCCCAGGUGCUGGCAAAUUUUAUACAAGACAUAGCAGCAAAUUUUGUCCAGGAUGAGGAUAUCAGACUUGAUAUCUCCCUUGCAUCGGUUCCUUUAAUAAAAGCAAAUUACCUGGAAUCUCAUCACAAGGGCCUUGUCCAGUACAAGAACUACUCGGAUGUCUUCAGUGACUCUCUCUUCUCCCCKUCUCUGCUGUCCGAAUCCCGAAUGCUCUACUUCUGGCUGUCCGAACAUAUCCUCAACUCUCUGGCUUCGGCGGCUUUCCUAGACGAGCGCCUCAUGUUGACCAUUGCUGGGGAGAAGUUGCAGGCACUGUUUGAAAUCGAAGACACAGAGACUCAGCGGAGGGCUGUGGAGAUGAUUUUUCAAGGUACCUCCUCCAAUGAUUCUGUGGCCAAGGUGUGGAGUCUUGCCCAGCCCCAGAUCUCUCUCCAGCCAGAAGGGACCGUGGUGAAGGCUUUGGUAGCUGCAGAGAUCAGCAUCUUUCCCCCAGGAAAAGAGCCCCUGACGGCUCUGUAUAUGGAGAAGGAGAUCACGGUCACCAUCCAAGCAGCGUAUGCAGAAAAAAGGCUGCACUUGCACCCGUUGGACUCCAGGAUAGAGUUUAAAGCCUUUAAUUGCACUGCUGAUCCAAGUGGGAAUGACGAAUCCAUAAGAAACUUCCUGCAGAAAAUGAUCUCGGUCACUGGGAUCCCAGAAGUGAUUUCAAGGAUUGAACCAACUUUAAUAUCGCUGAUGAACAGCAAAGGGCUUCAUCUGUUUGAAAUCAGAAGUCCCGAGAUCAUCACGAGAAAGGGAUACUUAAUCGUGCAACUUGACUUUAGCUUCCCGGAUCAUUUGCUUCUCGAUUUUCUUGAGAAAACAUUGUAGAGCUGGUCUCUUCCUAAAGGAGUGUGGCAACUCCUGUGCCAACAGCAAGGUGGAGCGUGCACCAAACUGAAAGCCAAGCUGAUCUAGAUCAGCUUCCAGCGGUUCAGUCGUGAAAAGUGAUGCUGGUUUUACUUUCCUUUUCCUGAGAAAUUCCCUGGUUUCUGUGCAGCUGAGCCUUUGCCUCUGCAAAGGUCUGUAUCUCCACGGUCUCUCAGUGCAGGAUGUGCUUGGGAGACAGGGUUGAGUUCUUGGAGGACGUGGCUCUGAGUCAGCACUCAUAGGCUUUGCCCAGUGCCUGGCGUCUCUGUUGUUCCACGACCCAGACACAGUGAGACGGAGCAAGCGGCUUCUGAUUUUGACAGACCUGAGCAACUCGAGUUACGUUACCAGGCUCAAUGCAGCAGCAACAGUGAAUGACCCACGUACGGCCAAAGAAGGUGAACAAGACCCAAGUUAGCARUGCUGUCUAAGAGCAAAGAGCUCU